UUGUAUCAUGCCACAUAGAAAAUUCCGUCAUAAAAUAAUAUUCCCUCACUUUGAAAGGAGCGUCAACAAAAAAUGUUAAAUCGAUGUCGGGAUUUAGACAAGCUUUCAGCUGAACGGAAAUGGGACGAAGUUUUCCAUUGCCUUAAAAUCGAUGUAAACUCAACCAUAGAGCUGGGCAGCAUUAAAGUUACCAGGGAUAACGAACAUACCGAUAAGUGGUUGGACGAUUAUAAAGGGACUAUGAACUCAUUAGAAGUAAUUCUAGCUAUUAUUCUAUUUUUCGACCAAAUAUUCUAUCUCGUGCUUUUGUGGUAUUUAAUUUGUUUUAUAAUCAAAUUUAUACGUUAUCGUGGACUAAGCACUUGCUGGCAUUGGGCUCAGAAAAUUUAUUCCUUGGAAGAGAACAUUAAAAUGCCGGAUAUGAUCAUGAAGGAAGGCCAUUACUUUUACAAAAGACCAUUUGAAAAUUGUAAAUAAUAUUGACGCACAU